AAAAAUAAAAUAAAAAAUUGUUGUGCUUCCUCCUCCCCGGAGAAACAGGCAAAGAUCGCAGGUCGUCGAACGCCGCAAUAGUGGAAGUAGCCAAGAGAGUUUGUCUCUGUAUAAGAAGAAACCCUAAACCCUAAACGCCGCAACAGCACCAUGGUGUCCAAGCUUGUAGUGGGCACGUUCCGCCGAAUCCCUUACAUCCGUCGCUUCUCCACAGCCACCGCGACCAGCGUUUCAACCCCACCCCACGAAGAUGCGACAGUGGCAAGCGGUGAUUUGUUGAUGAAGGGUGUGAAGAUCGCCGGUCGCCCUCUUUACCUAGAUAUGCAAGCCACAUCGCCGAUGGACCCACGUGUCCUCGACUCGAUGCUUCCUUUUCUCAUGUCCAGGUACGGAAACCCUCACUCUCGUACUCACGUCUACGGUUGGGAAUCGGAGGCUGCAGUCGAAAAAGCCCGUGAACAAAUCGCAGCCUUAAUUAACGCUUCCCCUAAAGAGAUCAUAUUCACUUCCGGCGCAACGGAAUCCAACAAUAUAUCCGUCAAGGGAGUUAUGCAUUUCUAUAAAGACAAGAAGCGUCACGUUAUAACCACCCAAACCGAGCAUAAAUGCGUUCUCGACUCUUGCCGACAUCUUCAGCAAGAGGGUUUCGACGUGACCUAUCUCCCCGUGGAACGCGAUGGACUAAUAGACAUCAAUAAGCUCAGAGACGCGAUUCGACCCGAUACAGGCCUAGUUUCGAUCAUGACAGUCAACAAUGAAAUCGGUGUGAUCCAGCCAGUUGAGGAAAUUGGGAAGAUUUGUCGGGAGAAGAACAUUCAUUUUCACACGGAUGCAGCCCAGGCGUUGGGGAAAAUACCAGUUGAUGUUGAGAAGAUGAAUGUAAGCUUGAUGUCUUUGAGUGGGCAUAAGAUAUACGGUCCAAAGGGUGUUGGGGCAUUGUACAUGAGAAGGAGGCCGAGGAUUAGGGUUGAGCCGCAGAUGAACGGAGGUGGGCAGGAAAGGGGGAUUAGAAGUGGAACUGUUCCAACUCCACUGGUUGUCGGGUUUGGAGCUGCUUGUGAGGUUGCAAUGAAGGAAAUGGAGUACGAUGAUCAAAGGAUAAAGAAUUUGCAGGAGAGAUUGUUGCAUGGGAUUACAUCAAAGUUAAAGGGAGUGGAGAUAAACGGCAGUACUGAAAUUGGAAAGCGAUAUUGGGGGAAUCUGAAUCUUUCGUUUGCUUUUGUCGAAGGGGAGAGCUUGUUGAUGGGUUUGAAAGAGGUGGCAGUAUCGAGCGGGAGCGCUUGCACAAGUGCGAGCUUGGAGCCUUCUUACGUGUUGAGGGCAUUGGGAGUAGAAGAGGAUAUGGCGCAUACUUCAAUUAGGUUUGGGAUAGGGAGGUUUACUACAGAGCAAGAGAUCGACAAGGCUGUUGAGCUGACGGUGAAGAGGGUGGAGAAGUUGAGAGAAAUGAGCCCGCUUUAUGAAAUGUGGGAAGAAGGGAUUGAUAUUAAGAGUAUCGAUUGGUCACAACACUAGAUUGAAAUGUGGGAAGAAGGGAUUAAUAAGCAACUAAACCAUUCAUACACCCAUCAUAAUCAUUAUCAUCAUUAGCUUGUCCCUUUUGAAUUUAAUAAAAUAAAACAGAGAGAUAGAUGCAUUUCUCUUAUGUUUGUUCUACAGAACAGAACAUGAGAAGUGUCUUCUUUAGUUAAUUUUGUGUUUUGUGUUUUCAACAGACAUAUAGAACAUGACUUAUGGUUUUACAUGAGAGGUGUUUAUCUUCUGUCCACUUAUACAUGUGUCAAAUACUGUGUUGUAUGCAAUUUCAUUGGUAUUUUAUUUGUCUAAGCUAUCUAUAUAAGACUUUGAUGUUGAGAAUU